AUGACCACAUUAUCAUAUGAUAGCUCCUCAUUCUAUGUGCAGGCACUAGCUUCCAGUAUUUCGAAGAGAUUGCUUGAUGAAAGAGAUAAUUCGCUAUUGCUAAACAUAGCACCUACAGGACGACAAGCCAAAAGAAUUGCUCAACAAAUAAACUAUUCAGAAGAUUAUACUGAUGACUUUGAUUUUGAAGAUUCACCAACAUCUACAUUUGGUACUAAAGGGAACGCUGGUACUCAAUCGACCACUAGCGCUCAGAAAUACUCUGCAGCAAGGAAAACUCCAGUCAUAAAAUCUUUCGAAGAUGAACAAAAAAUCACGGAUUUGGGAAGUAAAUCCGAUGUUUUGGUUCCUAUAAAGUUAUCGUUAGAAAACUCGAAUUCAACUCAUAAAUUAGCAGACUUUUUCAUGUGGAAUCUUACUGAGUCCCUUGUGACACCAUCCGAAUUUGCAGAAAUACUUUGUGGUGACUUGGAAUUACCAAGCACGAUGUCUCUGCAAAUCGCAGAGUCGAUAAUACAGCAAAUUGAGGAGUAUAGUUAUGCUUCAAACUUGCAAUUACCAAACAAUAACCCAUGCAAUGUUAUUAUCGAUCUUUCGGUGAACUUGAACAAACAAUUAUUUCAAGAUCGAUUUGAAUGGGAUUUGAAUCAAAAAGAGAUUACUCCAGAGGAAUUUGCUCUGAUUAUAGUUUCUGAUUUAGGAUUAUCCCUAGAAUUCAAACCAGCUAUUUCUCAUGCACUUCAUGAAAUCAUUCUCAGAGCUAAGAAAGAAAUAAUUGACGGUACUUUUAAUAACGAAAUACAUAACUUGCAUCUCGUGAGAGGUAUUAUUUUUGAGAAUGGAAUCCGGGUUUUUACAGAAACAAGCGUUCAAAAUGGAAACGAUCACUGGGAGCCUUUAGUUGAAACUUUGACAUCAUCAGAAAUUGAACGUAGAGAAAACGAAAGAAUAAGAAAUUUAAGAAGAUUGAAAAGAGAAAACAUGAAGCGAGAUUAUGACGAUUAUAGUGGGGCAAAGCGAAGACAUGUUGGCCGGAGAAGAUUAGAAGAAUUGGAUUGGAGAGGUGUAUAG